UUGAUACGCAUGAUUUCACAUUUGAUUGACAUGCUGUUUUGAGCGCUGCUAUGAGAAAAGAAAUUUUACCCAGAAACGUUUGGAAAAUGAUGGAUUUAGGCGGAGUUUCUCGCAUACUAUUUCGAAAUUUGCUGAACAGAAGUGCCACUUUACAGGUUCAUCAGCAAUGCCGUUGUUAUCUCCCGUACAAACUCCCAGACAACAUGAAGAAAAGAUUGGAUCGACACAGAAAACCCUUCAUUCCUGGGGAAACAACAUCUGAAGAGUUACUUCAAGAUUGGCAGAAAGAGCCAGAAAAAGUCGCAGAGUACAAGAGAUUAGCUUGGGCAAAAUUUGGUUCAGCAUCAGGGGUUGAUAUUUCAUCCAUUUUACCGACUAAGAAAGAUCUUGAAGAGGAAUGGGAGGCGGAGAGAAGAUGGUGGCCAACAUUGGAAAAUAUGAAGAACAGGAUGAAGAUGAAACAAGAACAACAUGCUGCUAAAAAGGCUGCAUAUGAAAAGAGAGUUGCUGAAAAUAUGGCGAAGAUGCCAAAAUGGAUAGCUGAGUGGGAAGACCAACAAACAAAAGAUGCAAAUCGAGAAUUAGCUAAAGCAGAGCAAUAUCAACAAAAUAUGGAAAUGGCUUUAGAAAAAAUGAAUUACAAACUAGACCCUUCGUCAAUGGAAUUUAAAAAACUGUUUAAAGAACAACAAUUACAAGAUAAACUUGCGAAGAAAAAGUUACAAAAAGCUUAAUUGGAGAGUGUAAUAUUGGCUUACGACAGAGGUUCCCAACCUUUUAUAGUUUGUGGCCCCCCCCAGUGUUUUUUACCACUCCAAUAAUACGAGCAAUGCAAGAAUUGUGCAUAUUAAUAUAAUUACGAGGCCUACAUCACAGUUUUGUGAAACUGUCGUUAAAGGUGGAUCGUUAUUUGCAGGUAAGAUGGCCAGCCAAUCGCAAAGGUUAGGAUAAUGUUUUCCAUUUGGAUUCCGAUUUCCAUUUGGCUCCUGGCAUUGUGGGCCCCCUGCAACUGCUCCGUACUCCCCUUGCCUGGUUGGGAACCACUGGCUUCAGGUGAUAUUGAGAACAUGGUUUAUCAAAAUUUGGUGAUAAUGUCAGACUUUGGAGUGGGGACAAUGUUUGUCAGAUUUCUAGAAAAUUAAUUUUUAAUAGCUCUAUUCGGAAGGAUUGUUAUGUUAUUUUUAUUUUCCAUGGUGAGAUUUAUCCAGAAAUAUCAAAUAUUCAAAUCGGUUCUUAAAUCUUACGCAAUGAAUAUAUAUACCAAUAUUCGUUCACUUUUAAAUAAUUAACUAAUUGUAUUAGACAUUUAAAGGUUUACUGUACUGAGUAAGCUGCUCCAUUAUUAUGUGUAACUGACGGUGCCACCAUAACUGUUAAUUUCCCUGUAUUUCUUGUGUAUAUUUUGAAGCCUGAAGUCCGCUUUACCAUAUUGGUUUAAUUAUACAACUGUUCUAAUUGAUUCUCUGUAAUACUAUUCGGCUAGCUAUUGUAAUUGAUCAAAAUUUUUAUUAUGAUUUCCUAUUUUGUUUUAUAACAUUUCAUUUUUCAUUUAUAG